AAUACUGUGCGAGUGGUGAACAUCAUGCUUCACAUGAUUAAUCAGCUCGAUUAAUCAGUGCCUGUGUAUGAGUAUAAUAAAAUCGAUCAUUUCUGAUGUCAGAAAUAAGAAAGUAAUUAGCAAGUUCUCAAGAAAAGUUCCUUGGUUUUCUGAAGAAGCACAUUUAAAAAAAAAAAACCAGAUACAAAUUAAAGACCGAAUUAAAUAUCUCAUUCCAAAUUGCUAAUCAUGUGGCUACUUUCUUAACACCUUUUUAUUUUGGAAGACAUAAAGAACUAUGCUGAUAUAGUCUGUUUUCAUGUUCAUGUAUAUACAUAUAAAUAUGUAUGUGUGUGUUUAUGUGUGCUGUGUCUGUUUGAAGGUUGAUUUAGUAGUAAACCCCAACGCCCAACCUUGCGAACAGUCUGAACAUGUGUAACAUACAGAAAGUAGCUUGAAACGAGAUCUGAACACAGAGCCUCUCAAUGUAGUAGUGACAAGCAGGUGCAGCAUAGAUAAACUACUAGAGAGGGAGAGAGAAAACGGACAGACAGAAAACUGUACUGAUCUGUACUGUUGAAAUGAUCAGGCCAUCAAAUAGAGCUUAAAAAGCACACAUGGAUCCAACAUGAUGAAAAACGCAUAGUUAAGAGACAAAAAAAAAAAAAAAUGACUAAAUAACAACAGAAAACGUACUGCUGUCUGUCAACCACACACACAUACAAUGAUAGGGCUUUUUGAAAUAACUUCGACAGCCAAAGAAAACAUUGAUGUACACGUGACAAAACCACGGUCUCACUGGAACAAUAGCUCGUGCAGCAAAAAUUGAAAUGACGUCACAUAGGCAAAACGUGUUUAGUUAUUUUUGGAAACUUUGACGUAAACAAACUUGGCAACAGUCUGUUGUCCAAAGACGAUGACAACAAGAGAACAACAUGCGGGCAACUGCAUUAAUUGUGUGUUUUGAUUUGGUGUUUUGGAGUAACAAUCUAAUCUUGUCGCAAGUUCUGCCUUCAUCAGACUCUUCUUCGCCCAGGGCGCAGUCCAGCGAGGAUGAGCAUGUCCGUAAUGAAUCUCUUGCCACCAACAAUGAAACCUGCCCUCCGCCAUGCGCAAGAAAACUACUCCGUUCGUCCACAAAACCCAGCCAAGGACAGACAACAGGUUAUUUUCGAAACUCAGGGGCUUAUAAUCGACGACAGCCGAGGAACCCUUUUUGGAUCUUUGAGAAUUUGCGGAAAAUGAUGGAUCUCACAAAGAUAUCCGUACAGAUGGAGCUCCGAGAUAUAGCCAGAUUCUUGGUGGGACACAAAUACUUCGGUUUUGACCCUAGGACAGGAACAGAGAUAACAUGGAAAUACUCGAGAAAAGGGUUUUAUGCUCAGUUCCCUAAACCUCCACUGAAAGAUUUGCACGAGAAAGUGGUCAGCGAAUGCAGCAAAGGUUUUGUCCACUGUGUGAGGGAACUGGCACCCUUCGCACGCAGAUCCUACGCCCUGAAGAACUUCAGCGCUCUAAACCUGUUCCAAACAAACGUUUAUUACCCUUUCUCGUCCGCACUGGAGCUUUUCCGCUUCAGGACCACUGCCAGUUACUUUUUGUGUUGGCACACGAUGCAGCAGAACGAAGCCUUGUGGCAUAUAGCUGGUGGCGCCAACUGUCUGCACGACCUCAGCAAGGUCCUGGAGCCCUUCGGACAGGACCACCUCGUGCAGGACAUCAGGACGGACUCCGAGACACUUCAGUGUGCGCUGCUCGUCUUUUGUCCAGAUCCUUGCUACGGCACCUUGACUAGAGGCAGCGUUAUCAGCGCCGACUUCAUGUCACGUGACCCUGGCAACCCUUGUCGUGGACUGCAGGACAAGACAUGCAAACUGGAUUUCGGGAAGAACCUCAACUUCAACGACCUUCAGCGAAACCGCUUCAAUAUUUCGUGCCAGUGUGCCAAAGAAAGGGAGGGCUUCCAGUGGAAUUCACAGUACCAUCUGUGUGUUGACACCGAUGAAUGUUUCGAGAACCAGGACCUCUGCGGAGAAGACCAAAUGUGCCAAAACGAGGUAGGCAGUUACACCUGCCUUUGCAAACGAGGCUACAUCCUCAACAAUGUCACCGGCAAGUGUGAAGAACAUUACCGCCUCCCAAGACCCAAGUCACGCCUGGCGCAUCAACUACAGAGGGCCGGGGUGCCAGAACCUCAAAGCUUUUUUGAGAAACAGUUAGCUCUCCUCCUUGGGAUAUCGGCAGCAAGUCACGAAGGCGUCACCAAGUCUGUGCCCAGCGGCCACAGGGCUCUCUGCUGGACAAAGGCAAGGUGGAGGACUUCGGGUGUCCGGAGGGUUGGUUUCCGUCUCACGGUUACUGCCUCCUGCCGACCAGUUUGCCCGCAGAGGAGGCGCGGGUGUUCUGCGAGAAGAAAGGCGCUCUGAGUGCCUUCAGAGUCUGCAUCUCAAGAGCCAGCGAGGAAUCAAGGGAGGCAACAUAUUCGGAAGAAACAGCCACGACAGGAACAUCAGGGGAGCAAACUUUGGGGUGUCCUUCAGGGUGGACCUCAUACCUAGGGUUUUGCCUUUUGUGGUCUUCUGAUGCCCGGAUGUGCUCACUUCUCGGCGCUCAGAACUUCUUGGGCACCUGCAUCAUGAACCCAGGCCGUGUACAGGUGCCUGCAGAGUUUCUCAACGCCAUCAAACGUUUAGACGGCGGGAGCGACUACGAGAUGACACGUACUAGUCGGAUGUGCUGCUGUGCUGGCGGUUUCUGCAAAUGAAUUUGAGGAAACCAGAGAGUCACUGCGGACACGGAGGACCAGAAAGUGCACGGUGCUGGAUCCUGAUCCUUCAGACUGACGUCAGAAAGAGUGGAUCCGUCCUUUCGAAGACGCGGAUAUGGUCCCAUGUUUGCUGAUCCAGAGUGUUUCGUCCCCACAUAAGUAAACCUUUCGACAGAUAUAUCAAUAUAUAAUUGUGUGUUUCAUAUUAACAGUACGAAUGUAAAAUUAACAUUUUAUUGACCAGAAUGUCAAACCCUCGAAAAAUAUAUACUUUGCAGAAUGGUACAUAUUGAAAACUAGCACGACAUGGAAUAAUGCUUUAGUGAGUUUACGGGUCAAAGAGUUCAAUUUAGCAAAGAAAGGUUAGUGACUUACAGCGGAGCUGAAAUACGUCUUCAUAAUGUUUUAGUGAGACGUUCAAUUAACAUAAGAUAGUUAUAUAUUUAAUUUAUUAGAGAGGGAUGAAAACUUAUGAACAUAUUUCGCAAUGUAUUAUGCAAAAAGAAAGAAAACAUCAACAAAAAUGACGGUCUUAAGAGCAGGAAAAGAAAACUUGAGAAUGUUUCAAAUAAACCGGUUGAAAGACGGCACAUGUU